AUGAGGAACAUUCCUCAGUCGGAUGUCCGGAAGUCCAGAGCUGUUAGGGACAUCGCAUUCGACUCUGAUCACCGUCCAGUUCUUCUCAACCUUAACAUACGGUUUCAUAAGAGGAACCGAGGAAUUCUUUCUCAACCGAAAAUCGACAUGGCAAGUCUGAAAGACGAUAAAUGCAGAACAAAUUUCCGCCAACAUCUAUCUAUUUAUGUUGGAGAAUGGACCAGAAAGAAGCUUUGCGAUGCGGAUUCCUUCACAAAAUGCAUCCGGGACGCUGCAAGGGAAACACUUCCGGUUCAAAUGCUGCGGAGGAAGUUUUCCUCUGCAUCUGCGGAGACAAGACGCACAUACAAUUCUGUAUGUGCCGCCCGCAGUACUGUCCUCAACACUGCCAGCAGAGUGGCUGUCGGUGAAGGAACCCUUCCAAUUUGGAGGGACCACUUCAAGACCUUGCUGAACCGGCGAGCGCUGUCAGUUGCUCAACUCGAGCACGUUGAUAGACCGACAGAUGCGGUUAACCAGCCAUUUUCGGCUUUCCCCAUCGAGCCCGCCUUCUCAACGCGCUCAGCGCUGACGGGGUACCAGGAAAGUUCAUUCACUUGCCUGAUUACAUGGAUCAACGAACGACCGCUGCAGUUCGAACACCAGCCGGAUAGAAAACCGUUUGAGGUGGUAACGGGAGUAAGACAAGGGACAACGGCAAGACCUUGUUCAACUUCGCUGUCGAUGAGAUCAUGCGAAGAAGAAGUCGAAGAGUGUCCUGCCGACAUUGUCUUAGCACAAUCAGAAUGCUCCUUGACAGAUCUCGAGAACGCCGACGAUGUUAUUAUAUUCGCAGAAAGCAGUACGAAACUUCAACAUAUUGUCAACCUUGUAUGUAACCUCGAAUCUGGCUGCAGCCCAUGGACUACGUCUCCGGCCUGA